UAAGGACGGACCGAGUCACCUUCGUUUCGGUGAUUGAUUGUUCCUAGCCGGACCCAGGAAGCGGAAGCCAGAGAGAGAGAGAGAGAGAGAGAGAUAUGGCGGCGACCACCACCGCCGGCGAGGCCCCGAAGAUAGUGUGGAACCAGCCCCAACAGAGGUUCGAGACGGAGGACAAGAAGGCCUACCUCCAGUACGCGCUCCGAGACGGUGGCAGAGCGAUGGACAUCGUCCACACCUUCGUCCCUCCCUCGAAGCGAGGCCUGGGCUUGGCCUCCCACCUCUGCGUCUCCGCGUUCCAACACGCCAAGACCAACUCCAUGUCCGUCGUCCCUACUUGCUCUUACGUCUCGGACACUUUUCUUCCGAGGAACCCAACUUGGAACUCUCUUUUGUACUCUGAAGAUCUCAAGUCUCAUAUGUAAAUUUUCUUCUAAAAUGUUCGGUAAAAUAAAGGCAAUCCUGGGAGUGUCAAGUGCAUGUAGCUGCUAGCUUGAACUGCUCUGUUCUACUUCUUUCUCGGUGUUUGUCUCAGAACUUGUAACAGGGCGUGGUUCCCUCGCAUAAAGAUGCUUGUUUCAGUAUUGCAUUUACAAGUUCUUCUUGGGUCUGUACGCGUUUACUCAUGUUCGAGAGAUAUAAUAACUUAUUUUAAUAUUGUUU